AUGUCUCUCACCUGGGCUAACGUCCGCUCCCUGGUCAUCUUCUUUGGCCCCAUCCUCCUCCCCAAGGCCUACGCCUACUACCAGAACCUCAAAAAGGCCCGCGCCCAGGCCGCUCUCCCGAUCCGCCCCGUCACGCGCCCGGCGCUGCGCACCAUCUUCUUCCUCUCCUUCCUCGCCUUCCUCCUCGUCGUCAAGGCGACGCCGCUCUUCGCCCCCGAGAACAUCUUCGCCUUGACACAGUCCCGCCUGCAGAUCCCCGUCGAUGUCCUCUUCAACCGCCUCGCCGCUCUGCGGCCCGCCAACAUCCUGACGCCCCGCGACGAGGCACUGCGCGCCCGGUUCGUCAACCUCGAGUCUCGCCUGCUUUACUUCCAGUUCGGCCCUGCCGCCAUCGCAGACUGCCCCUUCUGCCGCUCCGACGACCCCAAAUCCUACGCCUACUACGCCCUGCCCGCCAUCAUCGCGCCGCACCUCCUCAACCUCAUCGCCCUCGCCGCCGCCGCCUCUCGUCCCUUUGCCGGCCCCCACGGGCCCCCCUGGCGAACGACUGUCACCGUUGCCGCCACCGCCCUCGCCGCCCUCGACGUCUACCUCGUCACGGCCUACAACCCGCGCCCCAACGCUGCGGCGCUGCGCCUCGGCGAGAUCGACACCUUCCACUGGACCGCCCGCUCCCUGCGCCUCGUCGCCCUGGCGGCGCUGGACCUCGCCCUCGCCGCCGCCCUGUACCUCUCCUCCACGAACAGGGCGUUUGCCGCGCCGCCACCCGCCGCUGCGCGGCUCGAGCGCGUCAACCGCGCGCUCGCCACGGUUCGGAGCAAGAUGACGGCGUUCGGCAUCGUCCGCAACGCCGGCGUGCGGGACGAGGGCCUGAGGAGCAGGCAGUCCGGCUACUGGGCGCACGAGGUGCGCAUCAUGGGCGAGGUCAUGGAGGAGAGGGAGGUCGUCGAGGGGGUCAACGAUGCGAUCGGCAGCGGACGGGUUGAUAUCGAGAGGAUCGAGAGGGAUGCCGAGGAGUAUGCCAGGAGCGUGCUACAGGCUGAGGAGGAGGCGCCCGUGACGAUGGUUGGUUGA